AUACAGACAUACCAUGUGAGAUAUAUUCUGAUUACAGGCAAUUUUAAUGAAAAGUAGGCGAUUUCGGGAUCGAUAAGGGUGAUUUUUAUUUCAGUGAAAUCCAAAAAAGGUAUAAUGAUCAUACGAGCUAGUUGACUUUUUGCAUCCGGUGGUAAAAUUUGUUGACCGAUAAUAAAUUCUGAGAUAUUGUACAAGAAAUAUCGUAGAUCCUUGCUGUUUAUAUCUUUAUUCGAUAAAUUAUAACAGGCUUUUGUUCCUGUCGCUUCUUUUCAGAAGGGUUGUCGACUGCGUGUAAAAAUUGAGAAGUUGUCUUUCGAAAAAGUACUAGCAAGAGCUGCAAAUAACAUACAAAAUGGUUCAAGAUAAAGUCGCAAAGCGAUCCUUAGACAAAUCAACAGAAUCUGAUAAACGGAGUAAAGAAGGGAAAGAAGAUAAGAGUGUAUUAGCAAUAUUAAUAGUCGGAAUGUGUAAGACGCUACUAGUUAUAACUAUGGUACCAUUCUUUGCAAUAACAAUUGGCGUAUCUGCAUAUGUAGUACUAAAAGUAGUGAUGACGGUGUUGUCUGAUGGCUUAGAACACGUAAAAUGAUAAAGAAUAAUUACAGGAAAAUAAAUAUACCCG